CUGAAAAUUGGAGAUGGAGUUGUGACUACAGAGAUGCAAGAGAAUGUUAUGGCUUUUAAGGUGCAAUCUGAUCAACGCCUACUUAAUAGUGCUUAUGAUCCCAACAAGUACUGCAAAACUUGCAGCAGACAAGGACACUCUGAUGAUGGCUGUUUUAAGAUUAUUGGAUAUCCAGAAUGGUGGGGAGACAGACCAAAGAAUGGAAGAGGAGGAAGAACUGGAGGAAGAGGACGUACUGGAAGAGGAGGUAGAGGACAAGGAGGAAAUCCUGUUCGUGCUCAUAACCUGCAUAUUUCGGCAGCAAAGGAGAGUGCUGGUGCUGGUACGUCAUCAGCUGAUGGAACGGGUCUAGUAGGAGUUACAGCAGCACAAGUUCAAGAGGUGAUGGAGUUUUUAAACUCAAGAAAGUCUGGUUCUCAUCUACAAGGACCGGUCUACGAGGAGGAUGAUUGGAGUGGCUGAGAGACAAGGUGGACUAUAUAUUUUCUGUGGUGUGCCGCAUGUUGAAGUUAUGGUUGUGCAUGAAGAUUCAUAUGAGUUGUG